GAUACUAAGUAAAUAACUUUUUUGUAUGAAUGAGAUUUGAGUAAAAUGAUUUUUUUUGCUUUCUCUCUCUCAAAUUCUCUUAAUAUAUUUUUUGUUUGCCAUUGUGUUGGUAUUUCAUAUGUAUUAUAAAAUGUGGGAAUCUCCAUGCAAUAAGAAUAUAGCUUAAACAAAAAACAAAUAAAAAAUAACAGAAAAAAGUAAAUAUUAAUAAAAUGAAAAAAGAAAAGAAAAUUUCAAACACAAGGUAAGGUAGGUAAUAAAUCAAAGUUAUAAAUAUGAACUUUUUUGUUGUUUUAUGUGCGCAGGUAAAAAUUUUUUAGGGUAUGUAUGUUACUCUUUAUUUAGAUUUUUGUCAGUCGAUAAUUUACUCUCGCACUGUGAACGUGUAAAAAGUUGAUUAUAAAAAAAUUCAAAUAAUUUGAAUAGUUAUUUUUAUGUGAAAAUUAAAUUAAUGAACAGACAUUGUAUAAAAAAUAUAAAGUACGCAAAAUUUUGAUUUGUCGUAAAAAAAAUUGAAAUUUAAAUUCGUAUUUAUAGUGCAUAGUGCAUAGAAAAAAACGAAAUAAAAAUGCCAAGACCGUCCAGAGAAUCUUAUGGUGAUCAAAAACCACCGUUCUCAUAUAUCUCAUUAACGGCAAUGGCUAUAUGGAGCUCACCACAAAAAAUGUUACCAUUAAGUGAAAUAUACAAAUUUAUAACUGAUAAAUUCCCAUAUUAUCGUAAAAAUACCCAAAAAUGGCAAAAUUCAUUACGCCAUAAUUUAAGUUUUAAUGAUUGUUUUAUUAAAAUACCACGUAAUGCAAAUAAAGCUGGAAAAGGUUCAUAUUGGACAUUACAUCCGAAAGCAUUUGAUAUGUUUGAAAAUGGCAGUUUAUUGCGCCGUCGGCGACGCUUUAAAGUUCACAAAUUAGAAAAAGAAAUGUUAAAUGAUGAAUUAGCUGCUUUAGCAAACUUCAACAGAUUCUUUUUAUCACAACAACGACAUCCACAUCAUCAUCAUCAUCCACACCAUCACCAUCAACAACAAAUGUCAACAACAUUAACCCCAACAGUUCCACAACCAACACAUUGGAAUCCAUCCUUAGCAGCUUCAUCUCAAUAUGGAUUAAAUAUUCAUCAAUUAGGCACGCCAUUAAUAGCACAAACAUCAUCAAAUAUUAAUUCCACAUUUGCAGUACAUCCACCAUCAAUUUCACCAGAAAUAUCAAGUAGAUCAUCAAUGGAAUCACCACCAAUAAAUACGAAUCAAACAUCAUUGAUCUCAUUUACAACAAAUAAUAAUAGACCCAAACGUGCGUUUACAAUUGAAAGUCUAAUUGGACCCGAUAAUAAUAAUAUAACAGAAGAAAUUAAUAUCACUGAUAAUUCAGAUUCAGAAGAUGAUGCUAAAGAUAUUGAUGAUGACAAUGAUGAUGAUGAUGAUGAAGAAGAAAUUAAUGUAAGAGAUAUAUCACCAUCACCGCAAUCAUUUACUAUAUUAAAUACACCAAUUGAAUUAGAAACAGAACAAAGAAAUCAAAACUCUAUAGAUAUGAACAGGAUACCAAAUUUACAACAUCAAAUACAUUUAGAACAACAAAAUCAACGACAAAUUUCUCAGUCAUUAUCAACUAAUAAUAAUUUUCAAACACAUCCUGGAAUAUUAAAUUUCCAAUCGCAAAAUAAUUUAUUACCACCAACAUCAAUUUAUCCAACAGCUGAAUCAAUAAUGAGAUAUCAAGCUGUUAUGAUGCAUCAAUUACAAAAUCAUCAUCAUCAACAACAACAACAACAGCAGCAACAGCAACAGCAGCAACAAAAUCAACAUCAACAAAAUUUAGUUGCCGCCGCUAAUUUAUUACGCCACCAAAGAGAUAUUUACAAUAGUUAUAUUGGACCAUUGCCAGUUUUUUGAAAUUAAAUUCAAAUAUAAUUUUAAUUAUAUAUUACAUUAAAUAAAUGUUAUAUUGAAAUUUGUGAUGUGAAACUUCUCCCAUUUCCAUGGAAAUUUUAAAAUAUAUGUAUAUGCAUAUAUGUAU